AGCGAGAGAUGUCUGGCUGCUUUGACCAGAUUCGAUGCAAUUGCUCGUUUGAUUUGGAGGGGCGUAGAAACGCCGUUGCCUCUGUCGUCUCUGCUGCACUGUUCUUCAUUGGCUGGUGGCUGAUGAUCGAUACGGCGGCAGUUACCAAUAAGGAAAAUUGGACAAAUGUCUACUUUAUCAUUACAGUUGCAAGCACAGUUGCAAUGUUCAUGGUUAAUGCUAUUUCGAAUAGCCAAGUUCGUGGCGAGAGCCUCCAUGAGGGACUUCUUGGGACAAAAGGAUCCCGUCUCUGGUUGAUGGCCGCCUUCGUCGUCUCGUUCGCCUCUCUCGUUGCCGCCACGUGGAUUCUCUUCUCGGACUAUGUUCUAAUUCAAGGAUCUCACAGUGUCUGGCCAGGCGUUGCCCUUUUCCUCACCAACUUCAUAAUUUUCGCUUCCUCAUGUGUCUACAAAUUUGGACGUACCGAAGAGAUGUGGGGAUAAGCGCGGAUGCUCCUGGAUUCGGAUUUUAUUCUCGAAAAAAAAUUCAAAAAUUUUCUCUUUUUUUUCAUAUUCCACUACUUAUUCGUCAUUUUCCUUGUCCAUUUCCCUUAUUACAGUACCCCAUUUUACGUACAUUUAUAACUUAUAUUUUUUCUGUAAAUACAUAGUAAUU